UUUAAUUUGAGCAGAUUCAUCUGUAUUCCUACAAACUUCAUUAUCUCCUAGCAAGUAUUGAAUCUUUAGCAGCACAUUUUGAAGAUCUGAUAUUUGUUCCUUUGAUACCUUUGAAAAAGGUUCAGGAUCAAUAUUAAGCCAAUAUUCAAUUCUUUGAGCAGCUGAACAUACAGCUAACUUAUCCAUCACUGAUCCUGUAGAAAAUGAGACACAAAAGUAUGUACAUGAGAAGUGCAAAAUUGAGGAAACAGAAGUAAUUAUUGCUAGCUGAAAGUUACCUGAAAUAGUUAGUUACUAGCUAACUCAUGCAUUUUCCUAUGAAGUGAAUUUUAAGCUUGUGCUGAUUUAGCUCGAUGAAUGGAGAGACGGCAGUAAGGGAUGUCAAUGGGUCAGACUCGGAUCGUAGUAUACAUACUCCGACUUUGCUCCGGAUAAUAGUCGGACUUUUUUUUUUCAGUCCACCUCGAAUCGGAGUCUGAUUAUGGAUACAAAAAAUUUUCUCGCAUUUUGAUUUGACGUAUUUUAUUUCUCUUGAUCUGAUUUGUCGUAUUUUGAUUGAUUAAUCUAAAUAAAAAUACCAAGUAGUUUUUCAAAAUCGAAAAUUACAAUUAGUAGUAGAGAGAGUUUGAAUUAGUCACGUCUAGAGUUUUAAGAUAAAAAAUAUUAGGGUAAAAGUCAAAUUCAAAGUUGGAUUUUCCUUCAGGGUCGGAGUCGGGUCGGAGUGUCGGAUUUGUAAUAAGGUCCAACUUCGAUCCGUCUCUAACUCAGACUCGGAUCGUAAAGUCGGAGUCGGAUAACUUUUCCUCGAACUCGAAUCGGAUUAUUUUCCUCGGAUUGAGUUAGAUUAGGGUCGGAUUCUCUGUAAAAUCAAUUAUAAUAUGUCAUGAUUAAUAUGACAAUAAUUAAAGGUCUCUUUGGAUAACAAUAAAAUAAUAAACCAAAGUGAAUAAAAACUUGUUUAUAGACGUUAACAGCUGGACUACAUAUGGUCUGCCCAUAAACACAGCUCCUUGGCCUCCUCCAAUUAGAGAUAUUUUCAUACAAAAAGUUUUCUUUGGAUCUUAUGAAAUGUCAAUGACGAAAUUGACCCAAAGAUUUUAUAUUAAGUCAAAUUAAGUACUUAGCCCUUGGAAAAUAGUUGAUUGUAGCAAAAAAAAGUAGAGUAAUGGAUUCUGAAGAGUUUGGAAAUGCGUUGAAGGAGUUUAUGAGUACUCAUGAAACUGGUUGUCCAUGGCUUCAUCCAUUUUUAUCUCCUCCCACUGCUUCUUCUGUUGCCUUUGCUUGGCCUUCACCUCGCCUUCAUCAGCCUCCAGGAAAAGAUGAAAACUUGGAAAAUAUUAAUCAUCUCUUCAAUUUAUUUGACAUGAAGGGAGAUGGUCUAAUGAGCAUCAACGACUUUAAUGUAUGUAUGUUAUUAUGGGGAGUUCAGAAUGCUGAAUUCGAAACACAUGGAAAGAAGGCACUUAAUUUAUCUGAAUUCAUCAAUAUAUUAAGUUCGUUUUCAUUCAAGGUUGGAGAGCCGUUGUUUGAUAUUGCUCUUUAUCGGUUAUUUAAUCAUCAUCCUCGCAAAGAAGCUCUUCAGCAAGCUCACACACACAAGCUCCUUGCUGAAUUUCGAAAAAAUCAUUGGGGAAAAGUGAAGAAGUUAAUCAAUGAGAAGAAAAUGAAGGAUUACUGGAUGGUCUUUAGCUUAUUUGACAUGAAUGGUGAUGGGCGUCUGACAACGUGUGAUUUUGAAACGUUGAUGCUUAUUUGGGGAUUGUCCAAAAUUGAUGCUGCUGACAUGCUCAACAAGUUUGAUGAAUUAGAAAAUGGAACGAUUGAUUUUUGGGGUUUUUUGACGUUGGUAGACUUGUUAGACAUACAAAUUGGGGAACCACUAUACCAUUUUGCCAUUUUCACUUUGAUCGACUAUCAUCUACAAGUUGCUUUUAUGCCAGAGGCUGAACUAUUAAACUUUUCGGCUAUAAUUCGUAGAAACUUUUGCGGAAGAGAAGAAUGUUUGUUAAUGGAGUACAAUUUAAGAAGUAGCAAGUUUGUUUUCAGCUUGGUUGAUAUGGAUUAUGAUGGAAUUAUCACAAAAACUGAUUAUUAUUUGUUAAAGGAGAUAUGGGCGUUACAGCAUUCCCCAUUAGAUUCUCAGGAGGAGUUCAUUGAUUUUGAGAGCUUUCUUCAGGUAUUUCCUUCAAUUAACAUAUAUGCAGUGGAUAGCCGCAAAGAACCAUUGAAUUUGCUUCGCUUUCAUGCACGUAACAGAUUACUACCUCCUAAAGCCAUAUCCCAUGUUCGCGAGGUCCUUCAAGAUAAACGUUCUAAAGAAGCUGAGGAGGAACGCCGUAAGCAUCAUAUACGUUUAACUUUUGAGAUGAACCGCCUAUUUAGCUUACUAGAUUAUGACGAGAAUGACCACCUUACUACUAAGGAAGUAGAAUUACUUGUAUGUGCUUGCAAGCUCCCUGAAGAUGAAAUAAAGGGUAUUUUACAUAAAGUUGAUUUAACUUGGGGUGGGAGAAUCAAUUUUCAAGAUCUACUUGUCUUGUUAAAGCCCUGUACCCUUAACCCAUUUAAGAUAAUUGAGAGCCCAUCUGAACUCUUUAAGUUUCUGGAUAGAAACGAAGAUGGUUUCUUAUCUGCAUCGGAUUUUAAGAGGUUUGCUUUGAUCACUGGACAUCAAGUUUCAGACGCAGACAUUCAAGGAUUGAUGCUUAAACUUGAUAUGGAGGGCAAUGGAGAAGUUGGCAGAGAUCGUUUUUGUGGCACCAUGCAUGAAUAUGAUUUGAUGCCCAACAACUUGGAGCUGGAUAUGAACAAAAUGUCCAUCUUAAACUAUGAUACUACAGAGGAUGUUGCUAAUUAUCAGACAGAAGAAAUUGAGUUUACAAGCUUUUGGGAAUUGGAUGCAAAGUCCUGGGAUCGAUUCUUGCUGCGCCUCCGACUUUCCACAUCACUAUGUACUAAAGUAAAAAACUGUAAAAACUGACGUACCUUUGGCUUAUCAGUAAUCUGAAAUGUUAAGGAACCUUAUGUUAGGAACAUGUUGAAUGGGGUAGAAAUCCUCCCCUUUAAUUUUACCAACAACGCUUGUUAAGUAGUCUUCUUCCACAUGAACAAGUUUUUCACAGAAACUUCUUGGCAUGUAAUUCAAUUCUAAUUGUCGGAGAGUAGUAUUCAUACUUUGGUUGGUCAAACAAAAAAGCUAGCUUUUACGGUAAAAAUAAAAAAUUAAUAUGACUAGUGUUUGAUUAGUUUUGACUUUUUGAUUUUUUUUGACCCAUUUUCUCAAGUAAAUAUCCAUCAACCAGCAAUGAAUUUCACAAAGAUCUCAAUAUUUGUCGACUUAAACAGUUUCAUGUAUGCAGGCACAUAGCGAAUCAAACCUUUCUUCAAAAACCAACCUACAAGCCUAAAAAUUCAAAAGCCCCACCAUCUUAGUAGACUCAAUUCAUUUGUCUUUUCUAGUUGGCAGGACCAGCAGGUAAACGAGCUU